AUGGGCAGGGUGAGGUACGGCGCCGGCACCCAGCCGCGGGGGCGGAAGCGGCCCGCGGACCCCGCCGCCGCCUGCGCAGCCGUCGCGGUGAUGGGCGCGCGGCGCCCCCCUUUCCAAGUCCGCGUGGGGAGCCACGCGGCGGGAAGGAAGCCCGCGGCGGCCAGGCGGGAUCCCGCAAGGUUGCGGCGGAAGCGCUGGUGGCGGCGGGCCCGGGAGGCAGGCUCCAAAGGGCCGCUGCGAGCCCCGAAGCCGCCGGCGCCCGCCGUGUCCCCCGGCGAGCUGGACCUGGGCGCGCAGCGGGAGCGCUGGGAGACGUUCAGGCAGCGGCGGGGCCUCAGCCGCGAGGGCGCCGCCAAGUUCCUGCCGGACACCUUCGAGAACCCAGGCCUGGUGUAUCACACCGGAGGCUGCCACUGCGGCGCGGUCCGCUUCGCCGUCUGGGCCCCCGCAGACCUGCGCGUGGUGGACUGCAGGUGCAGGCUGUGCAGGAAGAAGCAGCACCGACACUGCCCGGUCCCGGCCUCGCGCUUCACUCUCCUGCUGGGCGCCGAGAGCAUCGUCACCUAUCGAUCCCACGCGCACCCGGCGCUGCACAGCUUCUGCAGCAGGCGCGGGGUGCAGAGUUUCCACGCCUCUGUCUCUGACCCCGGCGUGUAUGGCGUCGCCCCGCACUGCCUGGACGCCGGCACGGUGCGCAGUGUGGUCAUCGAGGAGGUCGACGGGGGCGACUGGGGGGAGGAGGCCGUGAAGGAGCCCAAGGCCAUCCAGAACGCGUCCCCCGAGUGA